AUGUCGGGCUCUUCGCGAGCGGCUUCAGCGGCCCUUUUGGGCCGCGGUAUCAGGUCAACUGAAAAACCAGGUCAGGACUACCAAAUGAUUUUACCAACGCUGCCAACAGGUGCGUCCGUUCUGCAUACGGUUUUUUUACAUGGUGACGUUAAAGCGAGGCCUUACAGAGUGGAACAUUUUCGAGACGCUCUUACACGGCUGUCUCUCAUGCCGGAAGUGGUUGCGCUGGGUGCAUAUCAAAUGAACCACCUGUGGGCGGUGACUUUCAAGGACGAAGAAGGGAAAAAGAGGAUUAUUGCUGUAGACGCGUUUGAUGUCAAGGACCACCGCUGUGUGGUCGUCGACCCGUGUGACAGAGGCGUCCGUAUCAAGCUCUACUGGCUCCUUCAUGGUGUACCUGACGACGACGUUCGCACUGCCUUGUCGCCUUUUGGAAAGGUGACUGAGAUCACCAGGGACAGGUGGCGGGUACAAGGAUGCGUUGACAAAGGGUCAACCACCCGUACUGUCACUAUUAAGCUGAAGGCAGGCGUCACCGCUGAAGACUUGCCCCAUCAGCUGCGAGUGGCGGAAGAUGUUGCGCUCGUGCACGUCCCUGGCAGAGCUCCCCUCUGCCUCCGAUGCCGUGGCAUCGGGCACAUACGACGCGAGUGCCGUGUACCACGCUGUGGGCUUUGUCGUCGUUUCGGCCACGACGAGAACCAGUGCGUCCGAACCUAUGCCACAUUGACAGGCCCGGCAUUGAAGGAAGAUGUCACAGAUCACUUGAUGGACGUGGUCGACGCAGUGGAAGCCGCAGGUGAAGGGAAAGAGACCCAGUCCUCCGUGUUAACGCCCCUGAAGAAGGCACCGACUGUUAAUGAAGACAAGCCAUCGGACGGCUGGAAAGACCCAUGGGAUGACACGGUGGAACCAACUAACUCAACAGAGGUCGAGGUAAAAGAGGCCAAAGAAACGUGCACAUCAACAGAAGUGACGACCGGCGAACAGCAUGAGACUGACGACACCGUGAUGCCAACGUCAAGUAGUGCACCUGCUAAGAGGCUUCACGAAGAGGCGGAUGAGCUAGAGGAAAAGGAUCAGGAGACUGGGAAUGACGAGCCUCCUCCGAAAGCUACCCCGGGACGCCGACCGGCGUUCAAGCCCAAGCCCGGCGUUCCAGCCAAACGCCGUUCUACAACCCAGACGCCUUCGCGUUAGCGGAGGCGUUUCUGGGUCAGAAAUGUUGUUGGGGUCUGGCGACUGGGGUUUGUGGGCAGGAUGUGCAUCGGCCGUCGUCAUUGGGCUAUGAAGUCCAGAAAACCAUGGUCCGCUUCCCUAGACCGUCGAGUCAUCGUAGCAGAUGUGAGACGGACGAUGUGUGGUAAUUGGUUUUGUUUUCUCCUCCCGGUGAAUGGUAGCUAAUUUUUCGACUGGUCUUUGUGUCGCGACGCUGAACGUGCGUGGACUUAGCGGGCGUAGAAGGCAA